AUGGCGCCAGACACACUCUCUUUAAGUGGCAAGGUCGCCAUCAUCACUGGAUCCGCCAAGCAGAACGGCAUUGGUGCGGGCAUUGCCUCUGCCCUGGCGCGUAAUGGUGCCUCGGUGGUCAUUAACCACGUCUCCGAAUCGUCUGCGCCCCGUGCGGCAGAGGUCGUGAAGAAGAUUCAGGAUGCUGGAGGCAAGGCCACGGUUGUGCGAGCCGAUGUAUCGACCCCCGAGGGUGCCAAGACACUGGUUGAGACAGCGCUCAAGGAUUUGAAGGUCGACAAAAUCGAUAUCCUAGUGAACAACGCCGGUGGAGGUGCCCUCGUCCCUGUGUUGCAGGCGACAAAAGAGGAUGUGGAAAGCAUCUUUGCAAUCAACGUCUUCGCCUCGCUGUAUAUGACGCAAGCGGUGGUUCCCGUCAUGCCUCGUGGCGGACGCAUUGUCAACAUCGGCUCCAUUGCGUCGAAGAUGGGCAUGGCGCCCAUUCCGCUGUACGCUGCGUCCAAAGCCGCCAUGGACACACUUACUUAUGCCCUGGCCAAGGAGCUCGGGCAGGGACAUGGAAUCACGAUCAACACAAUAGCGCCAGGACCCGUUCCAACAGAUGGUAUCCCCAAAGGCCCGGUGGCUGACGCAGUGCACAACUUUCUCAUACCCAUGACGAGAGCUGAAGAGAGAAUGGGGACGGUUGAUGACAUCGCCGAUGCGGUGCUGCUUCUAACCUCGGAAAAGAGUCGAUGGAUUACCGGCCAGUUCAUCUCGGCAAGUGGCGGAAUUACUGGAGGAUGA